AUGUCUGACUUUCACCCUUUCAUCUACGAAACACAUGGAUGGAGCGCGACAUUCAGCCUGCAGCCUACCUCGCGGCAGGUGGCACUGCACGCCAUCUCUGCCGGUGAGGAGCCAGCUUCGUCUAGAGACGUCUGUGCAGCGCUGGAGAAAUGCGCCCACGCACAGUGGCUUAGCAAAGAUUCCCAAGCGAUGCCCUUGGGGCACCUCAUUCUAAGUCACGCCGAAUUAGGUGAUGCGGGCCUGGAAAGGGUUCUCGAGACAUUGUGCAAGUACAAACUUGGUCAUCUUGGACGUGACGCCGAGCGUUUUGAAGAUGAGGAGGACCCUCAAGAGAAGCCAGGGUAUCAAAGAACACGCAGAGCAUACAUCCGCUUAAGAACGCUGCGCAUCGAUAACAAUUCAUUGACGGACAAGAUCCUGGACCCGCUUGCCUCUUAUCUUCAGAACAAUGUCGACCUGCUGCAUCUUGAUCUAAGCGGCAACGAUCUGGUUGUAAGUGUCGUUCCCUGCCUGUGGCCUCCUUGCGAUGACCGAUGCUCCAAAGCACUUGCUGACGCGCAAUUGCCCACAGAUGAAGCCAGAUUGCUGCUCAAAGCUUUUAAGAGCGCUAGGCACUUCGAAUUUAAAGACGAUUCAGCUGAAUUCAAAUUCGUUCAGCGCUCGGAACCUUGCGGCCUUGCUGGACAACCUCUACGCUCCAGCUCUUCGAGAGAUUCAUCUAAAUGCAACUCUCGACGACUAUGACACAGAAGAGGCGGCGAAAGCCAUAGCGAGGCUUUUGAGGUCAAGCGCAAGGGGUGACUUCGACGUUGCAAAACCAGUGCCGAACAUAAGUGACUCUGCCGACGGCUCGAGCCAGCAGAGGCAGGGAGGAUGGGCUCCGCGCCUGGAGACGAUAUCUGUGAGAGGAGACCCUUUCAGCCUUUCUGAGUUCCAAGAGAUGGUGCUGGCUGUAGUGGGAGCCGGCGAUCUGAGUGGGCAAGUUGAAGCGCAACUCACGGAGCCACACCGACAGCUACGGUCCUUUGCGAGUGAGGGUAUGAUUAGCGAUGCGCAUUGGCCACCUGGACCUCCCGGGCCCCGCCGCGAGCGAGCUCGGCCCGGUACUCAUUAUUUGUUGCUGCGUCGUCAGCGCGAUCCGCCUUUCGAACGCUCAGACACGUUCCGCAGAUCCCACACAGAUGUCAUGUUGCUGCUCGAGGACCAGCUCAUUGCUAACAAUAAUCUUCUGAGAGCGGUACACACACGAAGUCUGCGCCUGCUUACAGUGGCGCGGGUACUGGGAUGCCGCUCGAGCGAAGAUAAAUGCUCGGGGGAAGGCAGCUUCCAAUUUGCUCGUCUGCCCUCAGAGCUUCGACUCGCCAUUCUCAAGGCGACAGUCGCGUCUGACGAUGCGGCCCUGAGCUCUGCCCAAAUCAACGCUGUCAUUCAGUGGGCUUGCGACCCCUCUACCAUAGGAUUCGAUGGAGGAGCUUCGUUCUUCCUUGCACAUCCCGGUGCCACUCCUUCGCCGUAUCUACAGGAGUCACUUAUACCGGUACCACCUAUAGAUUGGAGCGCGCUGCAGACUCGACGGGGGCCUUGGCCAAAGGACUACCUUGCAUGCCAUGUCGACGAGUCACCGUUGACCCCACCUUGGGUAACAGCCUUCCUUGACGCCACGCGCACACUGCUGCCCGACAAUACUCCGCUACCCGAGCACUUCGUCGCUCCAGAAUUCUACUGGAGGCCUUAUCACAGACCUGAUACAUACCGGUGA